GAAAAAUAAUCGGCCACUUGCCGAUACUUGUUGUACCAUAAUUGCUAUCAUGAAUUUCUCAUGUGGGAUUGUUGUUACUUAAUCGAGCAUAAAAAGUGAAAGCUUUAUGAACAUGCUUACAUAAUCAGGAUAAUUAACAAUUAUAGGAUAAUAGAAUAAAAUAUUUCGCUCUAACAAGAUAAGAUGACCUGGACGGAAUUAAUAUCGAGUCUUUCCACAAAUCCAUAUUUUGGUGCUGGAUUUGGUUUAUUUGGAGUUGGCGCAAGCGCAGCACUGCUUAGAAAAGGUCUACAAGGAGCAACAAUUUUAUUUCGCCGUCACUUAAUGAUUACAUUAGAAGUACCAUGCAGAGACAAAUCAUAUCAAUGGCUUCUAAAAUGGAUAGCUGUCAGAGGAGCUAAAAAAACACAGCACUUAAGUGUAGAAACAUCUUUUUUACAAAACGAUAAUGGUCAGGUAAAAACAAGUUACGACUUCAUACCUAGCAUUGGGAAGCACUUAUUUCAAUACAAGAAUAAUUGGAUUCAAGUUGAGAGGACAAGAGAGCAACAAACGUUAGAUUUACAUAUGGGCGUGCCCUGGGAGUCUGUAACAUUGACAGCUUUUGGUAACAAUAAAAAAAUAUAUUUUGAUAUCCUAGAAGAAGCCCGUGAACUAGCUUUACAGGCCACAGAGGGAAAAACACUGAUGUAUACAGCAAUGGGUUCUGAGUGGAGACCAUUUGGUCAUCCUAGAAGACGUAGGCCUACAUCUUCUGUGGUGUUGGACCUUGGGAUAUCUGAAAAAAUAAUUUCCGAUUGUAAUGAUUUUAUUCAAAAUUCAUUAUGGUACACACAUCGGGGAAUUCCCUACCGUAGAGGAUAUUUGUUGUAUGGGCCUCCAGGCUGUGGUAAAUCAAGUUUUAUUACUGCCUUAGCGGGAAAGUUGGAAUAUGGAAUAUGCUUGCUUAAUUUAUCGGAAAGGGGACUUACUGAUGACAGAUUAAAUCAUCUUCUAAAUGUUGCACCAGAGCAAACAAUAAUUUUACUUGAAGACAUUGAUGCUGCAUUUGUUUCACGAGAAUCUACAUUGCACCAAAAAUCUGCGUAUGAUGGCUUAAAUAGAAUAACGUUUAGCGGAUUGCUAAACUGCUUAGAUGGUGUAGCAUCUACUGAAGCACGGAUUGUUUUUAUGACGACGAAUUAUAUAGAUCGGUUAGAUCCCGCAUUAAUUCGCCCUGGUCGAAUUGAUUUAAAAGAAUACAUAGGAUAUUGCACUCAAUAUCAGCUUGAAGAAAUGUUCAAAAAAUUUUUUGGUGACAAUGAAAUUUUAAAAUCUGCGGAGUUCGCUCAAAAAGUCAUCGAGUCAUCGCGAUCAGUUAGUCCAGCUCAAAUACAAGGGUUUUUCAUGCAACAUAAAUCUUCUUCGCCACAACAUGUAGUAGACUGUUGUAGUAGCAUUUGGGAAAAUUAGUAAUUAGUAUUGUUUUUAGUAUAUUUUUAUACAUAAAAUUAUUGUUAUUUUAGAAAAAAGUACACUGAUUUACAAGUGGGCAAAGCCGUACGA